GGGCGUGUGUGCUAGGCACCUGCAGCGGCGCAGGGCGUCCGAGCACGUUACGUGUGCCGGCGUUGGCCGCGGCUGCCUGGUGAGGGCGAGCUGGUUGCCCGUGGUGUUCCGGCAAGCCCGGCGACCGCGGCGGUGCUGUCAGUGUGGGGAACUUGGCUGAAGGUUGCGCGUGUCCUCAGGCGUCCCGAGCAAGUGUGAGCUGUGGAUGUGCUCACCUGGGAGCCGCGGCUCAGCCGCCCAAGGCGCACGUGUCGGGGCGCAGGAGUGAGCGGAUGCGGGGCACUAGGGCUAGACCGACAGGACCUCUCCCGGGCGCGGCGGGUGGCGAGGCGGCUGCUCCUCGAGCAGCAACUUUGGGACUCGGUUCCGGCUUCUUCGAAAGCGGAUCUGGCCUCGGGGGCGUGGUAGAGGGCGGGAGGUAGAGGUGGGGGCACCUGCCGGGCGGUGGGUGAGAGGAGAGAAGUAAGGAAAGCCCCGCCCCUUCCCCGCCUCCGCUCCGCCCUCGCCCCCGCCCCCGGGGCUCUGUAUAAACUCGGCCCGAGGGCUAACAGAGAAAGCGAGUAUCUCUCCCGCCCCUGGCUGGUGUUCUGCACCACCCCGCGCCCCGGCCCCGAGUCCCAAUCCCUGCUCUCCAGCCCGGCCCCUGCCCCGCCCCGGCCCAGCCCGGCCCGGCCGCCAUGGAGAGCUGGCCCUGGCCGUCGGGCGGCGCCUGGCUGCUUGUGGCGGCCCGUGCGCUGCUGCAGCUGCUGCGCGCGGACCUGCGUCUGGGCCGCCCGCUGCUGGCGGCGCUGGCGCUGCUGGCCGCGCUCGACUGGCUGUGCCAGCGCCUGCUGCCCCCGCUGGCCGCACUUGCCGUGUUGGCCGCCACCGGCUGGAUCGUGUUGUCCCGCCUGGCGCGCCCGCAGCGCCUGCCCGUGGCGACUCGCGCGGUGCUCAUCACCGGCUGUGACUCUGGUUUUGGCAAGGCGACGGCCAAGAAGCUGGAUGCGCUGGGCUUCACAGUGCUGGCUACCGUGUUGGAUUUGAAUAGCCCUGGUGCCCUAGAGCUGCGUGCCUGCUGUUCUCCUCGUUUAAAGCUGCUACAGAUGGACCUGACCAAGCCAGCGGACAUUAGCCGCGUGCUGGAGUUCACCAAGGCCCACACCGCCAGCACUGGUCUGUGGGGCUUGGUCAACAACGCGGGUCAGAACAUCCUCGUAGCAGAUGCGGAGCUGUCUCCAGUGUCCACGUUCCGCAGCUGCAUGGAGGUGAACUUCUUCGGUACACUUGAGAUGACCAAGGGCCUCUUGCCACUGCUGCGCCAUUCCAGCGGGCGCAUCGUGACCGUGAGCAGCCCGGCAGGAGACAUGCCAUUUCCGUGCUUGGCUGCCUAUGGGACCUCCAAGGCGGCUGUCGCGUUGCUCAUGGACACGUUCAGUUGUGAACUUCUGCCCUGGGGUGUCAAGGUCAGCGUCAUCCAGCCUGCCUGCUUCAAGACAGAGGCAGUGAAAGACAUGGACCAGUGGGAAGAGCGCAAGCGGCAGCUGCUGGCCAACCUGCCCCGAGAGCUGCUGCAGGCCUACGGUGAGGACUACAUUGAGCACUUGAACGGGCAGUUCCUGCAUUGUCUGAGCCAAGCACUGCCAGACCUCAGCCCGGUUGUAGAUGCCAUCACCGAUGCGCUGCUGGCGGCUCAACCACGCCGCCGCUAUUACCCAGGCCAUGGCCUGGGGCUCAUGUACUUCAUCCACUACUACCUGCCUGAGGGCCUGCGGCGCCGUUUCCUGCAGUCCUUCUUCAUCAGUCCCUAUGUGCCAAGAGCACUGCGGCCUGGCCAGCCUGGCCUUACCUCUGCCCGGGAUGUAGCCCAGGACCCAGGCCCUAAACCGGGCCCUUCCCCCACUGCCCAAGGAGCAGUACGUGCAUAGAACUGCUCCGGCAGAGGAGAUCCCUUAUGCCCUUGGUCCUCCCCUGGGCAUUCUGACCCCCCAGGUCUGCCCCAAAGCCUGGCCUAAAGGACCCCAACCCCACCCACUGCCAAUGUCACAGGCCAGGCCUGGUGAGGCUGCUUCCCUGUGAACCUCUGGGCCUCUCCUGCUUCAUGAGCCCAAACAGACCCUCCUGGGCACAAGGCUCCACCAUGCACCUUGGAGAACCCAGCUGGAUGGGGAGUUUAGUGCAAGACUCAGCUGUAGCCUUUGACAGGAUCCUGCAGACAGUGCCUCUGCAAACUAAGGAGUGACUGGGAAGGUUGGGGACCCCCUCAGGAUUAUUUCUUGGCACCAGUGCCUCAGUGCUGCGAUUUGAAGGGUGAAUCCCACUGUUUCUUGACUGGCUCAAGAAUUAGGGCCCUGACCACCCACCCCAAGCCCCCCAAGCCACAGGGAGGCUGCAUAUUCUACUUGCCUGAUUGCCACUUUUUGAAUAAAGACAAAUUUUUAUUUCUCCUAGAA